UCUCUCAUUUCAAAUCUUCCCAUCUCUCUCUCUCUCUCUCUCUCUCUCUCUCUCUAUUAAUAACCAAAGAUUUAUCUUUUGAAAAUGUCUUCUUGGAGAACGUACCUCUCUUUCUGUCUUAUCUACUACUAGAGCAGAGGAGUAGUAAUUCCGUCCCUACAAUUCAAAUUUCUUGCUUCUCCUCUUGUUUUCUCCAAUUCUGCAACUUCUCUUUCUCUGUUGUAUUGGGUCACCAAUCAUGGGUGGCUGUUUAAGCAGGAAAAGGGAGCCUUCUUCUUUGAAUGCUUCAUCUACGGACGCAGUAGUUCCAGACAAAUCGUUCUCUCUCAAAGAGGAACCUGACGUGAAUAUCAAGGAGAAGCUAAGCGGGGAAGGGAAGGUGAUGAAACAACUAGAAGAAGGUUUGACGAAGAAGGAGAUUUUUGUGAUAAAACACAGGAAGAGCCACGAUAGAGAGAAACCCUCUACUCGAGAAAACAGGGUUGUUUCUGCUCUUCCCAAUGUUACUCACAUUAAUCCAAGCUCAGGUGUUCUUGAAAUGGGCAAUGAUGUUAGUCAUAUGGUGGUGAGGACAUCAAGCUGCGCAAAAGAGGAGGUGGAUGCUAUUCUCAUACAAUGUGGAAGACUUAGCCGGAGCAAUUCAUUUGGAGCAGGAAAGACUGCUUCUUCCGGCAGGAAGUACUCCGGGCACAAGAGGAGUUAUGACUUGGAUCACAAUGACCUGGACCAAGAUGUUGAGAUUGCUACUGCUGCUACUUAUGAUGCCAGAAAGAUCAAUGAUGAUGAAGAUGAUGAAUUGGCUGCAGAGAGAAGGCAGCAUCGCCAACGCCAACGCAGGCCUUCUCCUUCUUCACAAGGAAGGAGGAGGACACCCAGCAGGGAAAGAGAGCAGCGUUCUGGCAGCAGAGAGAGAGACAAUGGCAGCAGUAGUAGUGGAAGAAGAGUGAGUCGAUCACCGGGUAGAAGAUCAGAAACUACCCCAACUGCGCAUUCUAAUUGUGCUAGCAAUGUUAAUAAUACUACUAGUAGGCCUGGAAAGAUGGUCUCGGUUCCUGCUACUGUUUCUUCCUUGACAAUGGAUAAAGGAACCAAUGGCGUUGAAUCUCAGACAGAAACUGCCUUUAAACGGAUCUCUGUGAAGAGAAAUGUUGGAGACGCAGCUAUGCCAAGUUCAAGAGGUGCUGCAUCUCCCCGUUCUCAGUCGCCGGCGAGAACAAGCGCUAAAGGUUCUAAUGAAAAUAAUCACCAGCAGCCAUCACUUAGUCGCAGCUCUUCGAGGAAAGCAGAACAAUCGCCUUAUAGAAGAAACCCAUUGAGUGAAAUAGAUCCCAAUUCCCUCGUAUAUGCGCAAGCAACUGGAAACAACAAAACUGCCUGUAUCAACAACAACAAUAGCAGCAGCAGAGUACAAAUCAGAAACAAAGAAAUUGAAGGACAAGCAGUGUCUAAGGAAUCUAUCAGUGUCCUAAAUCAGGCCCAAAUGCAGAAGCCAAAUGCUGAGACCAACAACAGACCAGUUGCUCAAGGGACUAAUUGUAGAGGAAACAGCAACAUUGUGAAAGAAGCACCAGUAAUUAUGGAAGAGGCUGAAGUACAGCUACCGAAUAGCACGCUGGCAGCUUCAGGAGCUGACUUGAAGCCUCAAACACUAACAAGAACCAGGUCAGCCAGGAGAUCUCGAGACCUAGACUUCAAUCCUGAAACUUUGUUGAAUCCCAACCCAUCAUAUACUGCGCUAUUGCUUGAAGACAUACAGAAUUUUCACCAAAAGAACGCCACCACCACCGCCCCUUCAUUCUCAGUCCCACCAUGUGUCGUCAAGGCCCGCUCCAUUGUUGAAGCAGUUGCUGAUCUCAACUCCACUACAAGCUCCAACCUUUCAUGUGCAUUUGUUGAGGAUAGAAGAAGUCCUACCACCAUGGGUGCUAAUAUUGUUGGGAAGAAAUUAACAGAGGCCAAAGACCCUUUUGUAGAAUCAGAGAUCUUAGCGAGUGACGAUCUAAUGGAGCCAAGCUUUCACAAGUAUGUGACAAUGAGGAGGGGGGUCACAUCGUGUGGAGAAGAUAUGGAUGAGCAAGAAUCAUCCGGCAGCAACAGCUUUGUUGGUGGUAGCCAACAAUACUGGGGAUAUUCUACCUCUUCAUGGGAACCCGAUUCAGCAGAUUCAACCGAUCGCUGGACUUCAAGAUCUAACACCAGAGAGGAGGACGAAAAGAACCCGUCAGGAUUUCAAAAGCAUGCAGUAUUGGAAUCAGGCCGUAAUAUGGAAGAGGCUAUGAGGGGAUUCAGUGGGCAGAUGACGGGAAUCGGGCGUGGGAGAGCUGCCGCUUCCGGUAAAAUUCUUCACUCAAAUUUGAUUGUUGCAGCCACUGCUUCAACAUAAGGUUAAAUGAAUCACUCAUCUAGUUGGGGUUUUAACCACUGAAUCUGUGGUUUCCAAGUUGUACACAGUUAGUUAUUUGUUUGGCGGUUGAAAGCUUGCACCCAUUCUUCUCAUGUUUAUUUUGAAGCCAUCCUCAUCUAUUCAAAGGAGAUUGUCUUUUUCUUUCCACAAA